UAUCUAGCCCAAAGAGCCAAGAGGCCUCUCGGAUCUUCAUGCCGCCUCUAACUGCUUCACAUGCCUUCCGAGCUUGCUCUGGGUCCACCUGGCGGCGGCCCAUGCUUAUCAGCAAAACCAGCAAAAGACCGAAGAUGGCCCGCGUCGGCAGUGGGUUGUGGUGUUGCUGCUGUAUCUCGUCGCUGGAUGCUCUGAUUGCGACGCUGAAGUGCUCAAACGAAGGCUCUGGCGAACUUCACAAAAAGUUCUAGGGGCUCCGUGACUGUAUCGACGAGAUACCCCGAUUUGAAAAAAUGUGGUGGUUGUUUAUACCCGCCGCUACUCUACUCAACACAUUCCUUGCGUACAUUCCCAGGAUAACAUGCAGAUAGAUGCACAAAACGGCUACCACAUUGUCUUGUUGACCCUGUUACCCACGGGGGAGAUGUCGCCGUAUGCUGCUCGGGAAAUCAUGGAAACAUGGAAACACAGUUAGCCUUCACUUACGCUAUGGAUUCAUUGCUAAUCUGUCUUGGACUCCUUCCUUAUAUUAGAUAGAGAUGGACUCAUUGUGUCAUUUUUUUUUUUUAUACGGUGAGACCAUGCUCGUGUGCCCGCACAUCAGCCGCACAUACUCCGCACAUAUGCAUACCAAACCGAAAAUACGUUUGUAAACUGAUGGAGAUUGCAUGUCCUACAACUAACAAGGUGCGACACACCAAACGCCCGACUAACUAACAGUACCCAACAUCAUCCGUCUGCACCUUCCCAACAUGACACAUAUGAGACACACAAGACAGUUACCAAACUGAUUUUUUGAGCCUGUUAUCCGUAGGGGAGAUGUCCCUAUAUGCU